CGGCUGAGAUUGAGCUGCAUCAUACAUUUGCCUGAAAAAGUGCCAUAUGGCCCCCAUUUAACUAAAGAAGAAAUAAAAUAAAAAAACGCCACGUCACUCUCAGCUUUCCUUCCCCCCAUCCCCAUGUACUAUUCUCCCUCUCUCCUCUCCCAUCACUGAAACACCCACAAACUCUCUUCACAACACCAGUUGGGAAAUCCUGUCAGCUCGCCACUCCUCAAACUCAAGCCCCUCUAUCUAAUAUGGCGGACAAGAGUAGUGUGGGGACUCGUCGCGUUGCUCUCAAUGAGAGGAUUCUUUCUUCUAUGUCAAGGAGAUCAGUUGCUGCUCAUCCUUGGCAUGACUUGGAAAUUGGGCCAGGAGCACCAGCAGUAUUCAAUUGUGUGAUUGAAAUUGGAAAAGGAAGCAAAGUAAAAUAUGAGCUUGACAAAACCAGUGGCCUUAUCAAAGUGGAUAGAGUUCUCUACUCGUCCGUUGUAUAUCCACACAACUAUGGUUUUGUUCCACGAACCCUUUGUGAAGACAAUGACCCCAUCGAUGUUUUGGUGCUGAUGCAGGAACCUGUUCUUCCCGGUACUUACCUCCGUGCUCGUGCCAUUGGCUUGAUGCCAAUGAUAGAUCAGGGCGAGAGGGACGACAAAAUCAUUGCAGUAUGCGCUGACGACCCUGAGUUCCGCCAUUAUCAGGACAUAAACGAGCUCCCUCCUCACCGUCUAGCUGAAAUUCGCCGCUUCUUUGAGGACUAUAAAAAGAAUGAGAACAAGUCAGUUGCAGUGGAAGACUUCCUCCCUGCUGAAACAGCAAUUGAUGCUAUCAAAUACUCAAUGGAUCUUUACGCGUCCUACAUUGUGGAGAACUUGAGGCAGUGAUUGGUGUAGAGGCAGCUGAUGAUGGGCUUAAACAAACUCUUUUAUUCUUCUUUGUAUCAAUCUGCAUCAGUCCGUUGUGAUGGAAACGGGAAACUAUUUGUUUUGUAAUAUUCCGUUUUAACUAACAAAUAAACCAGAUUAAGCCCCUCACCUACCCUCACUUUCUCCAA